AUGACCAAGCCGCCCCUUCUGGCUGAAGUUGGCGAAGACCAGAUGGAAACGGGUGUUUCUCCUUAUGUACCAGCUGAAGAUUCAGACCUCGACCUGGAAGAUCCGAUUGAGAACUACAUAGAAGACAAUAGCAUGAUUGAUGAAGCCACAGACGCUGCAGACGUCAUGCAAGCGGACAACAGUACAAAUCACCAAGACGAUAUUAUGUAUGAUGAGGACAUCAUUGACUUCGAAGAUGAUUUCGAUAUGAAUGCAGCUGCACAUGAGGACGUACCAACUGCCGUCACUGACGCCCAAGAAGAGAUCCAGGAGUCUCUUAGUAUUGUAUUGGAUGAUGACAACAAGCACAGCCUUUCAGAACAGAACGUGGCUCCCCAAGAGCUGUCAGCAGACAAUUUCGAGCAAGAGUUGGAAGACGAGGAUCAGCAAGAAGAAGAACUUGUGGACGAGUGGCAAGAGGAGGACGCUAACCAAGAACAAGCUAACAACCCCGUAUCCGAAAUGUACACUGAAGCCACCCAAGCAAUGAACGACGUUUCUGAGGAGACGCAUACUACUGCGAUCGCACACUCAGUAACUGAACAUCCAGAUUUGCUCCCUCAGACUUCAACCGAAGAGGCUCAUGUGACGGAGGACCUGUAUGAUUCUCUCCAUGAAGAAGCCAACGAACUCCAAUCUCAUCACGAUGUAGAAGACGACCUGACGGCUGGCCCAGGGACAGAAAACCCCACACAAGAAGAGGCUGAAGAUGGCGAGACCAUUCUCAAUCAUGAAGAAGCUAUUUCUGGCUUGACGAACGCAACUCCGUCUCAACUUCAUCCUUGCCUUGUCGAAUACGCGGGCGAACCUUUCCACCUGUUUCCUCUUCCUGAUGACGACUCUGCUGAACCUCUGCUUCAAGAUUCUAGUCUUGCUUUCAAGCCCAUCAACGACUUGCUCCAGCAGUUGCAUGGUCCCUUCGCCGAAUAUCUCGGUCACAGCGACGAAAUAGUGUUGGAUAUUCCUUCUCUUGGUCUGCAUAUUUGCGAGGACUCAAAAUAUUCAUUCGAGCUUACUUUGGCUCAAAUUAUUGAUACCUACAUGCUUCUGUCUCAGAAUCAGCAGCUCGCUAACAUCGACCCAUUGUACUGUCAGCUCAGUCACCGCGUGUGCCUUAGAACACAGAUGAACUAUUUGGGUUCUUCUGCUCGUGAGGGCAAGACGUACGCUACGAUUGUUGAAGAGCAUGUGGUAUUCUCCGAGGUGGCAGCUACUGAAGAGACUGGUGAAGCUGGGGAGGAAGCAUACGACGAAACAACGCAGUACUAUGACACAGCCGACACCACGCAGCCUGAAGGCCAAGCUGACGAACAAGUCCAUGUCGACUUAGACGUCACGACCGUUGAAUACGAUCUUGAUGCUGACGAAGACGCACAGACCCAUCUCGAUGGUUCUGUACCUCAUCAGGGUGCCGAAGGAGCCCGUCAAAUUCCUACUGAAUCUGAGCAGGACGACCUUAACGGACCUAGCCAUGAGGAAGAUUUUACGGCUGGAGACAAUACUCAUGGCAAUGACCAUUCGACCGAAACAAAAAUAGGCGACAACCAUGACCUUCCACACGUUACGACCAAUGAUGUCAACGAGACUUUGUCUCAACAUGUUACCAAAGCUGAACAUAGUCAUGACGAUCACGUCAAACAAACACACAGUGCAGAUAUUGAAUAUGAAGAUAUAUUCGCCGAUCUCGAAAAACCUAGCACAGCCAAGUCCCUGGGCACUGCUCCUGGAGGAACCGAACUUAAAGAUCCUCGCACGACCGCUUCAGCAGUUGAGGACGACCUCUUCUUCGAUGACUGGGAUAGUGACAAAGAGCCUGAGCCAGCUCCCAUCACGCCUUCGAAAAUCGCUCCCAGUAAGCGCAAAAUGGCUGAGGAUGACGAUGACUUUCUCCUUGACCUCUCAACUCCGGAGCCUAAACGUUUGAUCCCUGCUCUACAGUCCGACCUUUGA